AAUAUGGCCGUUGGAACGGCGUCAUAAAUACUUUUUGACGUUGUUUAUAUUUUUGCAGAAAUAUUAAGUGUCUAUUUAUUAAAUUGCAAUAUUGAGUCUGGUUGAGACUAUGAUGUAAAAGGAAAACUCAGUGUGUCAAUGGUCUAGUGCAAUAAUGUAUUAGAUAUUGUUUUACCAAAGGAUGUCAAACACGGUCGGUUCAUCGGGCCCUGCUCCCGGCAAAAUACGUGGACCUGGCAGGCCACCAAAACGUACGUGUACAUGGUGCGCAGAGAGUAAAACUCCUCUAAAAUAUGUCUUACCUACAGAGAAUGGUAAAAAGGAGUUCUGUUCCGAAACAUGUCUUUCUGAAUUUAGACAGGCGUAUAGUAAAGGCGCCUGUCUACACUGCGAUAAUGUUAUUAAAGGGAAUGCUCCAUCAAGUAGCAAGAACUUUUGUUCAACUUUUUGUUUGAAUAAAUAUCAAAAGAAAAAUGAAAAACGGACUUCUUCACCGCAAUCUGGAAAUGGUGCAAAUGGUUCUGAAAACCAUUCUAAUAACAAUUCCACAGGAUCAUAUUAUGAUAUUUAUCAAGCAUUCGAUUGGAAUGAGUAUAUGAAAGAAACAAGUAGUGUACCAGCUCCACAGGAAUGUUUCAAACAAGCUCCUUUACCUCCAGUCAAUGAUUUCAAAGUAAACAUGAAAUUAGAAGCAUUGGACCCCCGUAAUUUGACUUCAACUUGCAUAGCUACAGUAGUUGGCGUGUUGGGUCCGCGUCUCAGGUUGAGGCUUGAUGGUAGUGACAAUAAAAAUGAUUUUUGGCGGCUUGUUGAUGCUGGUGAUAUUCAUCCUAUUGGUCACUGUGAGAAGAAUGAUGGAAUGUUACAGCCUCCUCUUGGGUUUCGUAUGAAUGCUAGUAGUUGGCCUAUGUUUUUGCUCAAAACAUUGAAUGGAGCUGAAAUGGCUCCUGCUCAAGUGUUCCAAGAAGAGCCGCCAACUCCUAAGACAAAUUCUUUUAUGGUUGGACAAAAGUUGGAAGCUGUAGACAAGAAAAACCCCCAAUUAAUUUGUUGUGCUACAGUAGGAGCAGUGAAAAAUGAUCAGAUUCAUGUGACUUUUGAUGGCUGGCGAGGUGCUUUUGACUAUUGGUGCAAGUAUGAUUCAAGGGACAUAUUCCCAGUGGGCUGGUGUGCUAGAGCAGGCCAUCCAUUGCAACCUCCAGGCCAAAAAAGUGCCACUGCACCUUCUAGGUUUAAGUUACGGCCUAGUGGUAUCCCUAAUCCAGCUUUGCCGGAGGGUGGAUCUACUGGCACUAGUAAUUCAACUUCACCAAUAUCAACACCAACAGCCAUUGUUCGUUUACGAAUACGUAGUAGUUGUUCUGGAGGUAGCAGCUCUUUGCCCAGUGCAAUUACUGGCAUUGGACCUUCUGGAGCAGCCGAGUCUCUUGCAAAGGACCUGAUUAGUGUGCAUCCUGAUCCGCAGAGGUUAACAAGGGCGAUAUUAACAGCAUCUAGUAGUUAUUCAAAUAUAACUAAUGUACAGGUUUCAUCAGGCUCUAAAAACUAUUCUGUGAAGGUACCAUCAGAUCUUACUAAUGAUGAAUUGAAAAGUUGGCUGAAGGCUGUAUGUAAUAGUGUUGGAUGCUGCCCAGGAAUGAUAGAAAUAGAUACAGGCGAGGUUGCAGCUCGACCUUGCUCUUUAUGUAAUGAAUCCACUUCAAAUAGCGUGUCAUCAGCUGUUAAGAGGCCUAAGAGUGAUGACACUAGCAGCAGUAAUGUCAACGGUACGGGUGAGUCAUCGAGCGGCGACGGGCCUGGUGGUGGAGGUGGCAGCGGCAAGAUGGCUCGGAUAUCUCCCGAGCGACCCGAGCCUGCGUCUUCCACUACGGGUGCUCCGCCGCCGCCUUCGCCUGCUUCACCGCCCGCCGAUUGGUCUGUUGAGGAUGUUAUAGGAUUUAUAGCAGCUGCAGAUCAGGCAUUAGCUGCUCAUGCGGACUUGUUUAGGAAACAUGAAAUAGAUGGCAAAGCAUUGCUACUUUUAAACUCUGAUAUGAUGAUGAAGUAUAUGGGUUUAAAAUUAGGUCCUGCGCUAAAAAUUUGUAAUUUAGUGUCGAAAAUAAAAAAUCGACGACAUUAUAGUACCUAAGUAGAUGUACUAUACAUAUAAUUUGCUCUUAGAGUCUGAAACUGUAAGUUUCUUAAUUUUAAUAAUAUGUAUAAUAUUAAGUAUUUUAUUGCAUUUCAAAAUAUAAAUGCUCUAUUUCCAUAUUACAGAUCAUGAAGGUUUCUUCUUUAUUAGAAUCUCAAAGACAUUAAGUUUAUUGCAUAAUAAUUCAAGCAAUACCUGCUCAAUAUUUUACUAUAUUAUUAUUAAACCCUUUUGGAUUAACAGUUGUAAAUCCAAAAAGCUGUUGUUUACUUGAUAAUUUAUUACCACUACUUAAUUUAUCUGUUUUUAUCUCCACUUUAUAAAAUGCCGUCCUUUACAUUAUGUUUUCAUUGUAUUAUAUGAAGUGGCUGAAAGAAGAGGUCACAAACUUUAGUCGUUUAGAGUGGCAAUAUAUGAGGGGUGUUUCAUGGACAUCACAGCAUGGAGUGUUCUGUGGUCAAGGGGCACCGGCUUCCAAAAAAAUCUCGCGGGUGCUCAUUCUUUUUUGAUAACUAGACACUUAUUCAUUAUUUCUGCUGAAAGACAGGAACUGUUUACUGGACAAGCAAGCGCGAUGUAAACAACACAUAAUGAGAUGUGGAUUAUUUUAAUUAUAUUAUGAUGUCUAGCAUCAUGGGUGAUCCGCACCCACUAUUUAUCUCUUGUGGGUGCUGGAGCUCCGAGCACCCAUGGAGUCGGCGCCCCUGUCUGUGGUGAGGACCAAUUGAAUAAAAAAAGAUUUAAGAGUAGAAUAAAACUGAAGUAAAAAUGAUCCUUAUUAAUAUAAACUUAACCAUAAGUAUUUCGAAAUUGUAAAUCCUUGCUAAUAUAAAUCCGAAAGUAAAUCUAUUUGUUACACUUUCACGUCUAAACUACUGAACCGAUUUUGAUGAAAUUUGGAACGUCGGAAAGGGUUGAACGUUGUUACACGUCGCGUUCACGGGACUUGCCAAGCGUCAUACACAAUAAACGAUGAUCCUGCGGCGGCGCGGCGCGGUGUAGUGGGGGUAAUAUUGCUAAGUGUGCCUACCCGAAGGGGCAGAUGAUUGUCGGACGUAUGCGAGUAUUGGAAUUUUUCCGCUGUAACGAUUUUGAUUUGUUUUUAGGGGUUUGUCUUGAGUUAAUGUUUUUCGUCAAAAAGUAUCAUAUCAAAUUCUUUCGGUUUUCUGCAGGUUAAUACAUUUUCGUUUUCUUUGGGUCAUUUUUUUUUUGUUUAUUUCAAUCGCAAAAAGUUAGUUUAUAUGAUUUAAAAAAAUAAUGUUUAUCGUAAUCUACAUAUAAAUAGGUUAAGCUAUAAUCAUGACUGGAAUGGCAAAAUGAGAAAAUGUUUUAAUUCUCCGUAUUCCAGUAAUUCCGACUGAAUUGCCAUUUCAGUUUAAGAGUGCAGUUUCCCUUGAAAGCAGAAUUUGCAAUGACAAUCGGUUUGAAGGGUGGAAUAUAGCAGUGAAUUUACAGGGUACAGAGGAAUAAUACCUGAGUAUGGAGUCAUGGGCGAAACAGUAUACUAUGUUAUGUCCAUGGUAUGGCUCGUAUAGGCGACGGUUACCACCUUUUAUCAGGUGGGCCGUCAGCUUGUUUGCCAUUCUAAGUUGCAUAAAAAAAUAAAAAUAAACAAAGCUCAAGGACAAACGUUUAAAGUUGCAAGUUGUAAUGGCUAUUUACUACACCAGUUUGCAAGUAAUAGAUACAUAUUUACAAAAUAAAAAAACCUAUAUUCUGUCCAAAGUAACUAUUCCACGCGAACUAAGUCGCGGGCAAAAGCUAAAUUUCUGUAAUUUCACAAAUAUAAUUUAAUUAGUCUUCAAAGUAUUGUCUGUCAAGAAGAACUCGCAGUAAAUUGGAUAAUUGAUAUUUCAAAACAAUAAUUUAGAAAUUUAAUUGGUGAUUGAUUAUUUAUUUAAAUAGUAUAUCAACCGUUAUCUGUCUAUUGCUAAACAUAGACCUCUUUCAUAAGAAACGGUCAUAAGCUAUCUACAUCUACUCUCUCCCUGGAAUGCAUUUGAAGUAGUCAUUCCAUCUAAUGGAUCGCCAUUCAAUAACUUUUCUUUCCCAUCGGUUGUCGGUUCUUCGAGCUUUAUAGUAUAUGAAUAUUUAAAAUCUAUAGUAUAAUUUAAUCUAAGUCUUUUAAAAAUCGAACUUACCAAUUUUUUAAAUCAAUCCCAAUAAUCGUGAACGGAAUAAACGCUUCAAGGAACACCAGGGGGCCUACCAUGAAAUGAAAUUCCGAAGUUCGGGCUCAAUAUCGUGUUUUUGUUCGUACCAAAAUCGACCCAGUAAAUGGAGCGUUUCGUUCAUCAUAAAUCUUAUCCUAAUAGUCCAGAGGAACGAUAUUUUAAUAUUUUUUAAAAAAAUUAAGCGGCAGGUAUUAUGUAAUUUUAACAUCAAAUUUUUAUUUCGUUCGUCCCCGAAAUUUCGGAAAAUAUUUCAUGGUAGGCCCUCUGUUCACGAGUACGACGGUUGCAAGUGAGUUUGCUAUUAGGAUGUAAUCGUGACAGUAUCAUGUAUUUUACAGAAUAUUCCUACUGUGAUAUGGCACCCAUCAUGCAUUGUUACAUUUAAGAUUAAAGUCUUGGCUUUUACAUCAGUAUUUGCACUAGCUUAAAUCCAAUCAUGAUUGUACGGAUUGUAUGGUUUUAAGACAAAACUGUAGUUCAUACCUAUAGUGUUUACUUUCAGUGUAAUUGUAAUUAUGCCGUGUGAUAGUUUAUAUUUUCUGGUAUUACAAUUAAAACUUACUACAUAUGCGUAGAUUUUUCUUAUUAUUCCUAUUUUUAGUAACAUUUAUACUACAAAGAAUGUAUAAUUGCAGUGCAGUUCCCUACUAUUAUAUUUUUGCAUAUGGGUUCCUUUAUCUAUAAAAAUUAUCAUUAUAGUCAUAAUAAAUGAGUUAUGCAUUUAAUGUAGAAACUGCUCAUUUCGUUAUCCUUAAAUUUAGUUGAUCUUAUGGGCUGUAUUAAUUAGACAUUUCGUUAAGUAAUUGUAUAUAUAUUUAACAUUUAAUAUUAUUAUUGGCUAGUCGUGCGCGAAGUUAUGCCUGAAUGAUAAGUACAUAAUACAAACUUCCAAAAUCAAUACAGUGUACAGAUAUUCUAUAGUAGAUUAGGUCUAGUGCCUUUCAAUAAUUAGGUGUACUUAAAAUGUCCCAAAUAUGACAAGAAGCCCUCGAGGACACCAAUAAAGGUAGCUGUGAUUUUAUGUGUAUGCUGCGUUUCUAAUGUUUUAUUUUUUUAAUCAAACUACAUACGUAGCAGCUAUUUGGUCAUUUAAUGUUAAACUGUCGCAACAUCCCAAAUAAUAAAUUCUUGAUGUUCCUUUUGAAGUCUGUAUGAAUGCUAAGCUACAAAAGUAUUUUAUUUGUAAAUCUGUCUAAUAUUAUAAAAUAUUUAAUUUGCCAUUGUCAAAUUAUAUAAUGUUAACAUUUCAUCAUGUGAUAUUGUCGAUGUUAUUUGUUAUCGUGAUAAAUAUUAUUAAUAGUAAUAAUAUUAAAAUGUGUUGAUUAAUUAAUUAACGUGAUGUAUAUCUUAAGUUUUUUUCAUGACAUGAAUAGUCAUUAAGUGCGGAAUAGCUUAUUUUUUCUUUAAUGUAAAUAAUUAAUCACAUUAACAGUUUGGAUUGUGACAAAUCACAUAUUGGAAUUUGUAUUGGUUUCAUUAAUCACAGUCUAAACUGUAUAUUGUUUUUGGUUUUGAAUACAGACUUAUGUAAUAUAUCUAUGGCAAAAUAUUAUUAUUUAUAUAAGAAAGCCGCUUAUAAUUUGAAAGUACACGAAUAUGUGUAUAACUUGUAUAUACGGUAUAGAAAUGUGUGAAAAAAUAUUUUCACCAUAUAAAACUAUUAUUUUAUUACUCUAGAAUGUAAUAAUUGUAUGUACAUAGGCAGAUUCAUAAAUAAUUGGAAAACGUGUAUAAAAAUAAAUAAAUUGCAAAUUAAUAUAUUUUUAUU